UAUACGAAAUUAAGGACAAGUAUACGUUUACCGUACGACUACAACGCAUUACUCAGCGACACGCUCUUGAGCUUGAAUUGAAAGACUUUGUCAAGCAUUGCGCGGAUGGCUGUCAACGUCAAGAUGGUUCUUUCGUACUUAACAGACGCUCGGCGAGACUGUUCAACUUUACAUCCGAGGCUGAACUUAUCUCUGCAUUUACAGCUCGAACGACGAACAACUCGACAAGAGAGUCCUCACUGCAGUUCUUGUGA